AGCCCCACAAGCACACAACUCACCCCCAGCACACGAAAAGAAAAUAAACACUCAACCGAAAUAUGGGCUCCGUCGUCCUCCCGCACCUCAAAACCGGCUGGCACGUGGACCAAGCCAUAAUGUCAGAGGACGACCGACUCGUCGUGAUCCGCUUCGGGCGCGACUGGGACCCGGACUGCAUGCGCCAGGACGAGAUCCUCUACCGCAUCGCGGACAAGGUCAAGAACUUUGCUGUCGUCUACCUUUGCGACAUCGACGAGGUGCCCGACUUCAACAAGAUGUACGAACUCUACGACCCGCUCACCAUCAUGUUCUUCUUCCGCAACAAGCAUAUGAUGUGCGACUUUGGUACCGGGAACAACAACAAGAUGAAUUGGGUACUGGAGGAUAAGCAAGAGUUGAUUGACAUUAUCGAAACGAUUUACAAAGGUGCGAGAAAGGGUCGUGGAUUGGUGGUUAGCCCAAAGGAUUAUAGUACUAGAUAUCGGUACUAGGUUGUGCCGAUUUUUGUUCACUUUCGCGAGGAGUUCGAUUUGGAUGGAAUGGAAUGAGACGGGGUGGGAUGAGGACGGGGUCUUAAUA